UAUAUAUAAUGACUCAUCAAAAGCUGACUUUCUGAUCCAAAUUCACCACAUUCCAUAACCAAACCUUCCAUGUUUCUCUAAAACCAAUCUACAUCUCAAAUGGACCAUACCAAGAAUCAGGGAUUCAUCAGAAAAAGUUGGUUUCCUUGGAUCACAAAAGUUGGAUUCAUUGUGCUGAUAGCUUUGUUGGCCAAGUCAGUGAAAUCCCAGGACAAUGUUGAAGAGCCUUCAAGUGGUUUAUUGUGCAUCAGUGAAUGUGCCACAUGUCCACAAAUAUGUUCACCACCCCCUAACUCUCCACUUGUUUCAUCAAACUCCAAUCACCCUCCUCCUUCAAUCCCAACAUUAUCACAACCUCCCCCUCCUCCACUCUUAAAGGCAUACCCACCCCCUCUUCCACUACUAGCAACACCACCCCCUCCUCCACUCUUAACAUCAUAUCCACCACCUCCUCCACUCUUAAAAUCAUACCCACCCCCUCUACCACUACUAACAACACCACCCCCUCCUCCACUCUUAACAUCAUAUCCACCACCUCUUCCAAUCCUAACACCACAACCUCUUUCCCCUCCACCACUUCUAACAACAUAUCCUCCACCAUUAUUAGGACUACCGCCACCGGUGCUUCCAGUGUCAUCUCCUCCACCAACCCCUCCAUCACAAUCUUCAAUGGCUUCUCCCCCACCGCCUUUGAAGUCCUACAAUCCACCCUCAUCAUCAGGUUCAGCACAGCCUACAGUGAUUGGUGGAAAUCCCAAUUACCUUUAUUAUACCUCAGGUGCAUCUGAUUUUUCUAUUCAUAACAUACCCUUCUUUCUAUUAGUAUGGUUCCUUCAGCGGAAAUUCUUUUGUUGGUAAUUUUGGUAACAAGUAAUUGUGUAGUGUUAUAGAAACACUGUAUUGUAUUGGGGAAAUUAUUAAUGUACAGGAUAUCACAUAUGUAAAUUAUCACUUGGAGGGAAAUCCUUUGUAAUUUGUGAACAAAUUGGAGUUUAUUAUAUUUGACUGCAAUUUUUGUUA